UCUGAUUUGUACCGAAACGUGGAGGCGGGUACCGAGUGGGUACCCUUGGAUAUCGCCAUUCACAAGUUUCCAGCAUUCUACCCCACUUUGCGGAGAGGACGGAAUAGCAACCGCCAUCAUUCAACUUCAUUGCGAACUUACCUUCUAAGUUCCAACAUCACAUCCAUAGCACGGGUUUUGUCCAUCUUUUUGAAAGAAAGAUAUAUAUAUUUCCACCCAAAGCCCCUACUACCCUAUCUCUAGCUACGAUCAUGGCACCCUCAGCAACGACACUCAUAGCUGAGUCUGAGGGCAAUGCAAAACUUGGGGCUCUAGGCAAGACCGUCUCAGGCAAAAAGCUCAAGAUCCGCUCCUAUCCCAAGUUUGAGACUCUGGAAGAGGAGAGAUUAUACCGCAAGCAGCAUCUUGCAGCUGCGUUUCGGGUAUUUGCAGAUCGAGGUUUCGAUGAGGGCGUUGCGGGUCACAUCUCCGUCCGGGAUCCCAUCCUCACGGAUCAUUUCUGGCUCAACCCCCUCUCGCAACACUUCUCUCAAAUCUGCGUCUCGGACCUUAUCCUCGUAAACGAGGCCGGGGAUGUGGUGAUUGGAGAUGAGCCCAUCAACGCUGCGGCAUUUGCAAUUCAUUCAGAAAUUCACAAGGCACGCCCAGACGUCCACGCCGCGUGCCACGCGCACUCGGUCUACGGGAAAGCAUUCUCGGUGUUUGGCCGCGAGCUAGACAUGAUCACGCAAGACGCUCUGCGCUUCUACAAAUCGCACUCGGUGUACGACAAUUUCGGAGGCAUCGUGCUGGAUCGCGAGGAGGGCAUUCGGAUCGCGAAGUGUCUGGGCAAGGGGAAGGCGUGCAUCCUGCAGAAUCACGGCCUGUUAACGGUCGGUCAGUCGGUUGACGAAGCGGCCUUCUGGUUCAUCAGUCUUGAUAAGACGUGCCAUGCGCAGCUAUUGGUAGAUGCCGCCAGUGCGGGAAGUGGCCAUAAGAAGAUUCUCAUCAAGGAUGAGGAGGCUGCGUUCACUUAUGAGCAGGUCGGAGGACCGGAGAAGGGAUGGUUAGCCUUCCAGGGGUAUUACGAUGAACAGGUUGCCAAGACCAAUGGAAGCUUCCUUAAAUAAGUAUCUGUAGAC